AUGUACACCCUAGUGCUGCCUGAUUGCAAUAAUUUAAAAAUGGAAAAUAUUGAAGAAUGUAUGCCUGGUUGUGCUCUUAAAUGUCUUCGAAACGUUGAAGAUACUUCCCAAAGUGUACAUAAAGUUAAAUAUGGAGUGAAUACUAUUGGAAGAGGAUUAAACAAUGAUAUCAUACUCAAAAAUUUAAAUGUAUCAAGAACUCAUUGCCACUUACGAGUUGAAAAAAAAGAAUCCAAAGAUAUCGCAUACAUCAAAGAUUUAGGUACAUCAAAUGGUACUAUUGUUGGCAAUAUAAAUUUGAUUCAAUUUGAAGAACAUCAGUUGAAUGAUUUAGAUAUGAUUGUGUUAGCUAGUGGUGACGAAGGAGUCGUUCUACAAUAUAUUGAUAAAGUAGAUCGUACUAUUAAUUUUUCAAAUCUAUGUAAUAAUAAUAAAAGGAAAGUACUCUGCGAAGAAAAUUUGGAUGAUGAAUCGACUGCUGUAAAAAUUCCAAAAUUAGUUACAAAUGAAUCUGAAAGGAAUUUAUUAAAGAAACCAUUUUCAAAUGCAAAUACUAAUCCACCAAAUAAUUUACAACAAGCAGAACUUAAAAAUCAGUUAGAAUUAGUCAAUGCUUUUUUCAAGACUUAUCAAAAUUUUGAUGAUCAAAAACUACCAGUUGAAGAUCCCAAAAUAAUUCCAAAUAGCACAGAACCAUCCUGUUCUAAAUAUAAUGAUAAUAUAUCUAGUUCUGUGAAAAUAAAAAUAGAACCCGUUACUAUAGUUAAUAAUGUAUUGAGUCAAGGAACUUAUCGCGAUGAAGAAGAUAGUGUAGUUUAUUGUAUAUCAGAUGAAGAAAAUGAUAUAAAUGACAAUGGAUUGGAAACGUCCAACAUUAAAAUUGAAAAACAAGAACAAAUUAACACAUCAUCCACUAAACAUUCAUGUCCAUCUACUUCAAAAAUAGAAAAUAAUUUAAGUUUUCCAGAAUUGUCUUUUCAAUGUCAAAUAAAUGGAAAAACCAGAGAUGAUAUAGAUGAUGUGAUUUACAUACCACCCAACAUGAGUUCAGAUAAUAUAAAUACUUUGAUAAGUUCAAGUGAUAGUGAAAGUGAUUAUAAUAGUAAAUCUAAAUGCCCAAAAAUUAUUGAACCUUUUCCGAUGAAAGUUAAUAAAAGAGGCCAAACAAAGUUACUAGUUGAAAAUGAAUACAUAAUAAAAACUCGAGCUAAAUCAGAAAAGAUAAUCCACAGUAAAAAGAAAGCAGAGGAAGUAAUUGUUGAUCAAAAUAAACAAAUUAUUCUAGAAAGACAAAUGAGACUAAACAAGUUGAAUACAAAUAGCUUAAUAAAUGAAAAUGCAUCAACUAAUGACAAUUUUAAUGAUAAGCCUUCAACAAUUGGUAAAUUAAAAAAGAAAAGUCGAAUAUCUAGGUUGGAACAAAUUAAUAAUGAUAAUUGUAUUCCGAGUACAUCAAAAUCUCAUUUACCUAAACUAGAGGUUGAUAAAAAAGUUGGAUUUAAUUGUAAAGAAAUAACAACCAUAAACAAUCAAAUAGAACAUUUUUCAUUCUCUAAUUAUAAAACUGUGGAUUCUUCAACUACAAAAGUGAUCAAUUUUGCUUUUUUUGAUACGCUUAGUAGAAUAUGUAAGUGGAAUGCAGUGUGGUUGUAUGAGGAAAAAUUUGCUGAUGCAUCUCCACCAUUAGUAAAAAGUAUAUACAAAAUGAAAGAACAAUUUGAUACUCCGUCUGAAUAUUCUUCUACAAUGAAUUCAGUGUUGUUCCAUGAAAUUUGGUCGAAAAUAAGUGAAUCAUAUCAUAUGGUACUUAGUAGAAACCCUAAUUUGGAGCAAUCAAUUUUUGAAAAAUCUUCAAAAAAUUUACCUCUCCCUAAGUUUGAUAUUCAAUCUGUCAAUAAAGAAUUUUCCACAUCGGUGCCAGCAUUAAAAUCUAUUAAUCAGCCACUAUGGUGCUUAAAAUGUAUAGGAACAAAUAAGAACAUUGAAACUUUAACGGGAUCAAGAAACUCACUCAAGGGACAUUUAUGUAUUGUUAUAGUACAGUCAAACUGCUUUGGAACAGAUAUUAUUGGAAAUAAAAAACCUACUAAAUCAAGAAACAUUUUUUUUGGUUAUGUUAAUAUGACAAAAAAGAUUGGGUACCACUCAAAUUCACAAUUUUACAUGGAACUUAUUGUUACAAAAAAGACUGAAAAUAUUCCAAAUGGAACACAUAUUCACUUGAUGGAUAUUUUUUAUUUACUCUCGGAACUACGUUUAUUUCAAGCCAUAAAUAAUGUGACAACAUCUUCGCUAAGCAAGGCACUCAUCACUCCACAAUUUCAUAACUACUCUAUUGAUUCUUCAAAAGCAAAUUUAAAAAAUUAUAACAUAAAUAGUUUAUUAUUAAACAAUAGUCAAAAAGAAGCAGUAAAAAUGGCUGUGACAAUUUGUAAUGCUGUAGAACCAAAUGUUGGUUUGAUAAUAGGACCUCCAGGCACAGGCAAAACAAAUGUUAUUUGUAAUAUUAUUUUAAGUUUAAUGUCUAAACAAUUGGCCAAGACUAAAACUAAACCUAAACUUCUUAUUUGUGCACCUUCUAAUGAAGCUGCUGAUGCAAUAGUAAGACGAAUUAUAGAAAUUAAAAAGGACUUAAAACAUGAAUCACAAUUCAAUGUGGUACGAGUGGGUAGUGCCCAAAAAUAUGAUCCAAAUUCUCCUAUUGUUGAUGUUAUGCUGGAUACUGUAAUCAAACAAAAAAUGGGAAAUCCUUUAAAUGAAGCUAAUCGACAAUGUCAAUCAAAUAAUUUGUUCAUAUAUACCAAUAAGAAAGAUCUUGAAAAUGAAAUACUUAUAAAUACUGAAGUUAUUGUGACAACAUUAAACUCCUGUUUUUCCAAAACAAUGGAGGAGGCCUUCAAGCCUUCAAAUACUAAGUCAUUGAAUAAUUGUCAUUUUACUGCUUGUAUAGUAGAUGAAGCUGGACAAUCUAUAGAACCUCUGGUUUUUGUUCCUAUACUACUUGGUAUUGAUAAAUUAAUUUUGGUUGGAGAUGAUAAACAACUUCAACCAUUAGUAAAAAGCAAGGUGGCCAAAGAUAAUGGUCUUGGUAUUUCUCUUUUCAAACGACUUAAGACUUGGUUUGAACAAAAGCGCUCUACACGGAAAAGUUUUCCAGUAACGAUGUUGAAUACACAAUAUAGAAUGCAUUAUGAAAUUUGUUUAUUUCCAUCUAAAUACUUUUAUAAAGGAGAAAUUAAAACAGCACCAUCUGUCAAAAUGAGGAAGCAACUGUCAUUUCAUCCAUAUAUGAUCCUAGAACAUGAAAGUCUACAAGAUAAUACAGGUGAGGUAAAUAUUGGAGAAGCAAAUAUGAUUGUAACUUUGGUAGAUAUUUUACUCAAUUCAGAAUGUCGAUCACUAACUAUUGCAGUCUUAACACCUUACCAUAAACAGAGAGAGCAAAUAAAUAAAUUAUUAAAGAAAAAGAAGAUCUCGUUAAACGUCAAUACAAUAGAUUCAUUUCAAGGUGGUGAAUGUGACGUGUUAUUGAUAUCAACAGUUCGAACUAAUGGAGUUGGAUUUAUGGAUGAUAUUUGUCGGUUGAAUGUUGCUUUAACACGUGCUAAGCAAUCAUUAAUAAUAUGUGGAAACUUUAUGUCUUUAAGAGGAGAACGAGUAUGGUCUGAUUUAAUAGAAGAUGCAAAGGAACGUAAAUUAAUUAAGAAAGUAUCAAAUAAAGUGAUUACUAAUUCUAGGGUUUUGCUUGCUAUGAUAAAAUUGUAA